AUGACAAAGAAACGUCCAUCAUUUGCCUCACUAAAACGUGAUAUAAAUUUACCGCAAUUUUUUCGACAACGACCCACCGAUUUCAGUACGACAGCUAAUCAUCCUCAGUCACAUCUCUUAAUUACCGCACAGCCGCGGCGUGAAUCUUUCCUCUACCGGCCUUCCAUUGAGGAACGCGAGCAUAAUAUCAUCCAUCCACCUUGUCGUUCCGUGUCUCGUGCGUCGUCGAGUGCAUCCACUGAGCAUCAGUAA